GAUUACCAUGGGUGUAAGAUAAGUGACCCGUACUGCUGGCUCGAAGACCCUGAUAGUGAGCAGACCAAGGCAUUUGUGGAGGCUCAGAACAAGCUUACGGUGCCCUUCCUCGAGCAAUGUCCUGUCAGAGGAUUAUUCAAAGAACGAAUGCUGGAACUUUACGACUAUCCGAAGUACAGUUGCCACUUUAAGAAAGGAAAAAGGUAUUUUCACUUUUACAAUACAGGACUGCAGAACCAACGAGUAUUAUAUGUACAGGACUCCUUGGAUGCUGAACCCAAAGUUUUUCUUGAUCCAAAUAAGCUUUCUGAUGAUGGCACUGUGGCUUUACAAGGUUAUGCCUUCAGUGAAGAUGGCGAAUACUUUGCAUAUGGCCUGAGUUCUAGUGGUUCUGACUGGGUUACUAUUAAGUUCAUGAAGGUGGAAGGUGCUGAGGAGCUUCCAGAUACUUUGGAGAGAGUUAAAUUCAGUUGCAUGGCAUGGACGCACGAUGGAAAAGGCAUGUUCUAUAACUGCUAUCCAAAACAAGAUGGAAAAAGUGAUGGCACUGAGACCUCCACUAAUCUCCACCAAAAGUUGUAUUACCAUGUGUUGGGAACGAGCCAGGCAGAAGACAUCCUGUGUGCUGAAUUUCCUGAUGAACCAAAGUGGAUGGGAGGAGCUGAGGUAUCAGAUGAUGGUCGAUACGUCCUGCUCUCCAUCCGAGAAGGGUGUGAUCCUGUGAACAGGCUGUGGUACUGUGACCUCCAAACAGAGUCUCAGGGUAUAUCAGGAAUUCUUCAGUGGGUGAAGCUGAUAGACAACUUUGAAGCUGAGUACGAAUAUGUCACCAAUGAAGGAACAGUGUUCACUUUCAAGACGAACGGCCAUGCUCCAAAUUACCGGUUAAUCAACAUUGACUUCAGCGACCCUGAUGAAUCUAAAUGGAAAGUUCUCAUCCCUGAACAUGAAAGAGAUGUUCUAGAAUGGGUUGCUUGUGUGAGGUCCAACUUCCUGGUUUUGUGCUACCUGCACGAUGUGAAGAACGUCCUGCAACUUCAUGAUCUGACUACGGGUGCACAUCUCAAGACUUUUCCAUUAGAGGUUGGCAGUAUUGUGGGAUAUAGUGGCCAAAAGAAGGACACGGAAAUAUUCUAUCAGUUCACUUCCUUUUUAUCUCCGGGUAUUAUAUAUCACUGUGAUCUGACCAAAGAUGAACUGGAGCCAAGAGUUUUCCGAGAGGUGACUGUAAAAGGAUUUGAUCCUUCCGCUUACCAGACAAUUCAGGUUUUCUACCCUAGCAAAGAUGGUACUAAGAUCCCAAUGUUUAUUAUACACAAGAAAGGAAUUAAAUUGGAUGGUUCUCAUCCUGCCUUCUUGUAUGGAUAUGGAGGCUUCAACAUCUCAAUUACACCAAGCUACAGUGUGUCAAGACUUAUUUUUGUGCGACACCUCGGGGGUGUUCUGGCAGUGGCUAACAUCAGGGGCGGUGGUGAAUAUGGAGAGACUUGGCACAAAGGUGGUAUCUUGGCCAACAAACAAAAUUGCUUUGAUGACUUCCAGUACGCUGCCAAGUACCUUAUCAAAGAGGGCUACACAUCUCCAAAGAAGCUGACUAUUAAUGGGGGCUCCAACGGGGGCCUUCUAGUGGCCGCCUGCGCCAACCAGCGGCCGGAGCUGUUUGGCUGCGCCAUCGCCCAGGUGGGCGUGCUGGACAUGCUCAAGUUCCACAAGUACACCAUCGGCCACGCGUGGACCACCGACUACGGCUGCGCCGACUGCAAGGAGCAGUUCGAAUGGCUCUUCAGGUACUCUCCACUUCACAAUAUCAAGCUGCCAGAGGAAGAUGGCAUCCAGUAUCCCUCCACACUGCUGCUCACAGCGGACCACGAUGACCGCGUGGUCCCUCUGCAUUCCCUGAAGUUUAUUGCUACUCUGCAGUACGUUGUGGGCCGCAGCCGUAAGCAGACCAACCCGCUUCUCAUCCACGUCGACACCAAGGCUGGGCACGGAGCAGGAAAGCCCACUGCUAAAGUUAUAGAAGAGGUGUCAGAUAUGUUUGCAUUUGUAGCAAGGUGCCUAAACCUUGAUUGGAUUGAAUAGGCAAAGUGUUAUUACGGUCUCUUCUAGACAACAAGGGCUUUAACACCAUUAAAGACCAACCAGACUACUACUUGGUGUAGUACUUACAUUUAAGAACUGCAGUUUAAGAUUUUAUUGAUUCAACCUGCUAUGGAAUUUUGAUCGCUGUGCUUCCCUCUUUUUAGCAUUUCUUUGAAUUUCUUUUCUACUGUGUUCCAACGUACCUUUUAAAAAGCAUGUUCAAAUAAAUAGCUAAGCUACUGUCAGUGCUGUUGUGAACAUUUAGUUUCCAGAGUUUAGUGCUAGUUGGGCUUAUUUCCUGUAAGUAAUUUUAAUGUAUUCUGCACCUGUAAACAUAUCCACAUCAUCUGUAAUUAAAUGUAAGUACCAUACUUAGAGCAUACUUCAUUUACACAGUAAUUAUUUAAGAAUGUAAAUUGAAAAGGUUCAUUGAUAACCAUGAAAUACUGAAGAUCAGGCAGUCUGAGUGAUUAGCUCAAAUAUUUUUUUAAAAAGCUUAGAUUUCAUGUGGUUCGUGACUGUAAUACAGCCUCUACAGUUGCUGGGCUGUUUUUUCUUUCCAAAGAGGCUUACAAGUGUCAUGAUUUCCUCUUCCCUCAUUUAUUUCUGCACAGAAUAGAAAAUUAGAGGUAAAAAAAAAAACUUUCCAGAAACUUGGAAAAAUUCUUAGGGUCCCACUGUAAUCUUUGUCAAAUCGCACAGAUGCUCCUAAGUGUUGCCUGUCUCCUGUCGACUCUUUAACUAUUUCUCAAGAGCAGACCAAACACAGAUUAAAAAAAAAAGGAAAAAUGCUACAGAUUGGCUACAGAUUGUUCAAAUAUAGUUUUUCCUUGUGCUUUUGAAGACUGUUCUCUAAUAAGCCCAAAUCUGGAUAUAUAUAUAAAUCUGGUUCUGGCUGCAGAACACCAAGAGCACAUAGAGUCUGCAGUGAUUUGACAGACAUUUGGGAUUUGAGCUGCUGUUUCAUAUCCUUCCCAUCCAGGCUGUAAAGUAUUAAGCAGACAUAGAUAUUUGCUUGUAUGGUGUCUAACCUCCAGUGCAGGGCUGCAACUAGCUCUUGAUCUUGCAAAGCAAAAUAGAUGCUCCACCAAUUCUUCUUAGUCCCGUUCCCUCUCCGGAGAACGCUGCUGUUUCCCAGUUUUGGAUAACCUGUUAGGAUACCCUGUACCUUCCCAGACUCAUGCUUGUCAUAUUCAGAGUCUAAGUCUGUACUUUGAGCUCAGAGGCUUCUGUUUAAGCAGGCCCGGGAGGAGGAGCAGGUGGUGUCAGAGAGGAGCAGGCUGCUCCUCACUCGUUCCAGAGUCACGUUUCAUAUCUGGGGCUCCUGCUGCUUCCCUGUACAGCCCCCCCAGCCUCUUGCAAUGUACGAUUUGAUUUCAGAAGAGAAACAAGGAUUUCUGCUUUCAUAGGAAAUAUCAGAGGAUGCCAUACCCCACGCCUGGCCGGGCCCUGGGGUGGGUUUAUCUUCCAUUAUGGUUUCUGUCAGGCAUUGCAGUUUAUUUCAGGUAGUUUAUGGACUGAUAUGCUCUAUCACAGCAUUGAAUUCAACGUUCAGACUAGUGAGUUGGGAGCAGGAAGGGUUUUUUUUUUCCUCCAGGCUGUGAAAAUGGAUUCAGGUUCAGUCCCUCUUUCCCGCUUAGUUCAAAGGACAUGAACUGUUUCCCAAGACAUCUGGGGAGCUGCUGCUGUGCAGUGGCAGGAACCAAACACACAAACUGUCGUUGCUUGUGGUAUCUCACAGCUGCCUCAACUGGCCUUCUUUGAAGGUUUUCAUAUCAUUAGGAAUAGGAGCUUUGCAGGGCAGUGUGUGGGGAAGACCCAUCUGUGCACGUUAGAGAGAGGCAGGGGCUGGGACGCAGCGCCCGCAACCGUCCCGUUGUCCCUACAGAUGUUGGUUUGCUCCCCUCCAGCCCUCCAAGGCAAAGCUUCUGCCACAGGGUAAAAACAAUUCACUCUUCCCUGGUGUUUUCCGCUGGGCUGAGCUCCCUGGAUAACUCAAUACUGGGUCGGAUGACCUGUAGUGUGGCAAGUCUGAAAACAUUUCUGUGCAAGUGGCCAUCAGAAGG